AUGCGGGAGAGCAUCCGCUUCAGCUGGCGGCAGCAGCUCCUGGGGCUCCGGAACGGCCAAGCCGGGUCCCGCCUGAGGUCACCCACCCUUCAGGGCCCCCCCCCCCCCGGUCACCCCCCCUUCAGGGAGCUCCCCCGGCCCCGGGGCCUGGGCAGCACCCGCCACCCACCGCAGCCGCCUGUGGGCUCCCCCCGGUACCACCGACACCCCCGCGCCCCACGGGUGCCCGGGCGGCACCGACCGCCCCGGGAGCUGCGGAGGGGCCGGGGCCUUGUGAUAGUGAUAAUGAAGAUCCGCCUCACCAACGGGCCCAGCCGGUGCCAGGGGCGGGUGGAGAUCCUCUACAACGGCUCCUGGGGGACGGUCUGCGACGACGACUGGGACAUCGUGGAUGCCAACGUGGUGUGUCGCCAGCUGGGCUGUGGCCAUGCCAUCACCCUCCCGGCUGCCAUGACCUUUGGCCAGGGCAGUGGGCCCAUCUUCCUGGACAACGUGGACUGCAAGGGCUGGGAGGCAGCCCUGAGCGAGUGCUGGAGCCACGGCUGGGGCAUCCACAACUGCUACCACUACGAGGACGUGGCUGUUGUGUGCAAUGAGUUCUCACCCACGCAAGUCAGCGAAGGACCGACCACCAGGACCCUCACAGCCUCGGUACAGGAUGGGGAAAGUGAUGGCAGCAUCCGCCUGGUGAGCGGCCCCGACACCUGCCAGGGCCGGGUGGAGAUCUACUACCGCGGGAACUGGGGCACCGUGUGCGACGACGACUGGGGCCUGAGCGAUGCCAGCGUGGUCUGCAAGCAGCUGGGCUGUGGGCAAGCCCUGGAUUACAAGAGCAAUGCCUAUUUUGGCUAUGGAACGGGGCGUAUCCUCCUGGACAACGUCAACUGCGACGGCAGCGAGCCCUUCCUGUCCGCCUGCUACAGCCUGGGCUGGGGCAUCCAUAACUGCGGCCACCACGAGGAUGCUGGGGUCAUCUGCACAGGGCUGGACACAUCCACCAUCACAUCAUUCACCACCUCGGUGGCCCUGGGCUCUGAGGAGACGCUCACAGCCACAGCCACAGCAGUGACAGACAGCAGAGACCAGCCCUCCCAGGCCACCGAGGUGGUCACCACCACGCUCCUGACCGUGGAGCAGGAAAGUGGCGGCUUGCGGCUGGCGAACGGGAACGGGAGCUGCCGCGGGCGGGUGGAGGUGCGGCACCGCGGCACCUGGGGCACCGUCUGCGACGACGACUGGGACUUCCCCGACGCCCAGGUGGUUUGCCGGCAGCUGGGCUGCGGCACCGCCCUCGCCGCCACCGUGCUCGGCUCCUUCGGCUAUGGCAGCGGGCCCGUGCUGCUGGAUAACGUGGGCUGCGGCGGCGGCGAGGCGCGCCUGGCCGACUGCUUCCACCUGGGCUGGGGACAGCACAACUGCGGCCACCACGAGGAUGCCGGGGUCAUUUGCCGAGGUGCUGAUGACACUGAAGACCAUUUCCAAGAAGCCACUGCUACAACCACCAUGUUGGCCCCGACUCAUCCCAAGGAGGGGUCCCUGCGCCUGGUGAACGGCAGCCACCGGUGCGAGGGGCGCGUGGAGAUGUUCUACCUGUCCCAGUGGGGCACGGUGUGUGACGACGCCUGGGACCUGCGGGACGCCAAGGUGGUGUGCAGGCAGCUGGGCUGUGGCCACGCCCUGGCAGCCUGGGGCGAGGCACGCUACGGCCGAGGCAGCGGCUACAUCUUCCUCGACAACCUCAAGUGCAGGGGCCACGAGCCCUCGCUGCUGCGCUGCUCCCACAUCCGCUGGGACGUCCACAACUGCGACCACUCCGAGGAUGCCGGUGCUGUCUGUGACAUCCUAUGACCCUCCUGCAGCUCAGGUGAAAAGACACAGCCUGCAGCACCAGUCACCUUCACCACCAAGUGUUUG